UAAGCAUCAAGUGCAGUCACUGCAGAACGAAUUGGCUGUAACUUCAUUCAGUCUUUGGUCCCCGGCUAUGUUAAAAGUGAGGCUCUUGAGUUUCUUCUACCAUUCAUAAGACGUCUUCUUGGUGCAAAAUAAAUAAAUAAGUAAAAAAAUAAUAAUUUUCAAGAAAGAGGAAAAAAUAUUUAUUUAAUAAAAACAACAUUUAGAGGAAUUUGUUGCAGACAGCUGUCGAAUGCUACAGAGCAAGACAAAGUUUCACAAUGAUGCCUAUACCACUCUUACUUCUGCUUUCCUAUACCGCAGUAAGUGUUGUCUGUGGGGUUGAAUCUGAAGAGGAUUAUACUUGGCACUUAAGAAAAGUACCACAAGUGUUGAACAAGAGAACAGUCACACUGAGUAGCCCAGAAUUCAAAGCCGAAGCCAAGUCAGCAUUAAAUGGAACUUGUGGAAUUGAAUGCCAAAGCAGACUGCCAUUGGCAAGUGUAGCUGACCUUGAGAACUUCCUUUCAUACGAGACUGUUUAUGAGAACGGCACUCGUACCUACACAGAAGUGUACUUCAGGGACUUUGAUGUGCAGACAGAGCAUGAGGUCAAGAAGGAUUCUCAUUCACGGAGGAAAAGGCAAGUCUAUGGCAUGGAUAGCAGAUUCAGUAUCUCUGACAAGCAGUUUGUGACCAAUUACCCUUUCUCUACAACCGUAAAAAUCUCCACAGGCUGCACAGGAAUCCUCGUGUCUCCGAAGCACGUUCUCACAGCGGCACACUGCGUCCACGACGGGACAGACUACGUCAAAGGCGCCAAGAAGCUGAGGGUGGGGAUUCUGAAACUGAGGUCCAAACGUAGAGGCAAGAAGAGGAAAGGAUCCAAGCGGAACAAAAGGGCUGCGGAGGUGAAGCCAUCGUUCCAGUGGACUCGGGUCAAGCACACUCAGGUGCCAAAGGGUUGGUUCAGAGAAGUAACAGAUGACGUGGCAGUGGAUUACGACUAUGCUGUGCUGGAACUAAAGCGGCCGCACAAGAAGAAAUUCAUGGAACUUGGAAUCAGUCCCACUGUAAAGAAAUUGCCAGGUAGCCGGAUCCACUUUUCUGGGUUUGAUGAUGACAGACCGGGGCAGUUGGUGUAUCGCUUCUGCCGCGUCUCAGAUGAGUCCAAUGACCUGAUGUAUCAGUACUGCGACGCUCAGCCUGGCUCCAGUGGCUCAGGAAUCUACAUCCGCCUAAAGGAACCAGAAAAGAAGAAGUGGAAGAGAAAGAUCAUCGGGAUUUUCUCUGGUCACCGAUGGGUGGAUGUAAAUGGCAUGCAGCAGGAUUAUAACGUGGCUGUCCGGAUAACCCCUCUGAAGUAUGCCCAGAUCUGUUUCUGGAUACAUGGAAACUAUGCAGACUGCCAAGAUGGUUGAUUAAAACUUAAAUGGCCUUGACCAGCACCUAUGAUACAUUAAAACCUGUACUGAUAUUGGAUUUAGAAGACAAGAAAAUAAUGGGAAAACAUGUUGUAUACAAAUCUAGGAUCUCUGAAUUUUGGAUUAGAUGCUUUUAAAAAAAAAAUGAAAAAUAUAUUUAUAAGUGACAGGGGGCAAAUCAGAAGAAGCUUAAUGAGCCUUAUUAAAUGUGCUUUUCCUACAGAAAAUUGAUUUAACCUUUAAAGCAUGGGUGUACAAAUCGGGUCCCUGUGUUCCAGAGUCCUCCAGGUUUUCUAGGUAUCAAUUGUUUAAGACCUUGAAGGAGGUUCAAUUAAAUAAUUUAGGACCAGAUUUGUGCAUCCUAGCUUUAAAACAACAAGCUCAAAUAGUUAAUUAAAAGAUUGGUUUGUUGAGAGGUUGAUCAAGAAAUGUGUUUUUAAAAGGGUUUAAAGCACCUUUAACGGAAACGUAAAAUCCUAGAAGCUCUGGAUAUUAUCAGUGCCUCGCGCUGGAUUGGAUUUGUUCAUUUAGUUUUAUUUGGCCGCAGCCUAAAGCGCUUUGCAUCUUUUGUGUUUUUAAUUUCCUUCUGAUAAGUUAAUUGUAAGGAAUAAAAACACAAGAAGUCUCAAAAAGAAUUAGACAUGUUUAAAAAGAAAAUUAACAGCAACUCAUAUUGAACUAAAUGUAUAAAUAAUAUCAGAAUGAGUUCAUCUUCUGGCUGGAUCCCUAAUAUUGCAAUCCCUAAUGUUACUUUAGGUACGUAAUUCAAGAUGACCGCUAAUCAGGGUCUGUGAAACCAGCCAUGCUUUCACAGUUACAGAUUUUUUUUAAGUAAUUAGUUUUGUCUUUUAUUGAAAGAGACUAGGUGCAAAAUUAUGUUUUAGUGCUUUCUUUUUUUAAGUAGUAGGCAUUAGAUUUCUCCCCCACUUCCCCUAAAAGCUGGUGCUAAAGUGUUCCUUUUCAUUUAAAUUGUUAUCUUCUGUAAAUUGUUUGACAAAGACGGGACCAACUUCAUUAUUAAAUUAAAAUUUGUGUUCAGUCUAGAAAUUGUACAGGUUUCAGUUCUUAGUUUUUUUUUUUUUUAAUUAAAGUAGUACUUUAUUAAUGUACAUUAAAAUCAUGGUGCUUAUUGAUCUCUCUAAUUAAAACAGUGGCAAGUUUAGGGUGCUAAUUUAAUUCUAAUGUGUACAAAUUAAGAGGGACCGAUCAGAAUAUAAUAUUAAAUAAAUAAGUAUUACUAUAUUGAAUGUGAUGAUAUAUUGAAUGGGUUGGGGUAAUUCAAUAAAAUAAAGCAAUUUGUUUCAAGUAGUAUUUUUAAAUGGAGGUGAUGAGAAGAACCUCUGUAUUUACAUUUGUAUUCCCCAGUUUAUAUCAUUGAUUGUGUGUGUGAUGUGUGCUGUUCCCACACGUAUAUAUAUAUAUAUAUAUAUAUAUAUAUAUAUAUAUGAGUAAGAAAUAUCUGUCCAUGUAAUGUUUAGUUUUAAAGAAGUAGCUUUUUGUGAUGAUGUUAAUGUUUUGUUCUGUUUUAAAAUGACAGAUCUGGCACGUUCAGUCUACACAGUGAUUUGUUUUAUCUGUGUACUACCAAAGUGUGGAAUUAAACACUAAAUAAACAUUUUAAAAAAA